GCCGUGGGAUCGGGGAUCCGAGUGGUGAUCCACGGGAUGAUCCACGGUGCUGGGAAAAUGGAGAAGACUCUGAACAGAAUUCAUCCAGUUUCUGAUCCAGAAGCAACCUACUUCCUACAAGUAUCAUGGGAAAAGGAUUUAGGCACUGGCUUUGGUAUACUUCUUAGUGAUGGUCAGUGCUCAUGGACCGGGACAGUGUCUGAGGCAGAAAUUUGCAAGGAGGCUGCUGACAUGGAAAUGAACAAGGCGAAGUAUGUGGAAGAGCUGAAGAAAGCAUUGGUGACUGGAGAAGAGUCAGCUGGCAAAUACAACUUUGUGAUUUCAAGAGAUCAAGAAAAUAUGGUGUGUCAGUUCUCCUAUGAAAGAAGCCUGAAAGAUGGCUCUUUCAGACUUGGCUCUGUAAGGCUGCAGGAGGUCCCGAAUCCGGAUGAGGUGGUGAAGGAGCUCAUUGGUUACUGCCUGGACAGCCUGGGAAAACUGCAGGCCAAAAAUGAGCACCUGCAGAGAGAAAAUGAAAGGCUUUUCAGCAACUGGAGUGACGCAGAGAGGAGGCUGGAAAAAUGUGUGGAGGCUAAAGAGAAGCUGGAGGCAGAUCUUUAUAACCGGUUUAUUCUGGUGCUGAAUGAGAAGAAGGCAAAGAUAAGAAACUUACAGAAGUUGCUGAAUGAAGCCAAAGAAUCUGCAGCAGAUGCCAAAUGUACCAGGGAUAGUAUAACUACUACUCAGAUGGUUAUAAAGAAGGAAAAUGAUUAUGAUGCCAGUACUGAUGAGGAAAGUGAAGGUUUAACACGGGCCUCGUUACCAUCAGCACCGGAGCAAAGGGAUUCCUCCCUCCUGGGGAGCCCAGACGUUGCUGACACAGCUCCAAGAAGGAAGAGAAGACAAAGGGCAGCAAAACCUGCUGGGACAGGGCCUAAGGUGGCAGCUUAUGAGGCAGAACAACUACCUGAAGAAAAACCUGACCUGGCCUCACAGAAGACCGUGGAUUGGAACCUGGAAACACUGAAGAACACUUGUGAGCCAGAGGACCUCUUCAAUGACAUGUAGCCACAUGUGGGCUGAGAGACAGAGGCUGGUGCUUCUAACAGCCAUAAGCUGUGAAACUAAAAGGCUUUUUUUAUAGAGUAGAGACAAGAUCUGUGCUCUGAGGCUGUUUCCAGUGGCACACCCCUCUAAACCCUCUUGCACUGCCCUUGUCCCCAUUCCUCACUAUGAAUUUGUAGACCCUAACAGACCUGAUUUGUGAUGGUCUUAAAAAAGAGUUUAUCCUCUGUGUAGAACUUUUAUCAAGUGUAUAUGGGAAGGGAGAGCACCACUGGGGUGUUUUCUACAUCCUCACAGUCAGUAGCUGCUGACUGUGUUCAGGUUUUCCAGAUGUCCACAGAGAAUGUGUGACAUAAGAUUUUAAGCUACCACUGUACUUAACCUUAUAUGCCACCCCUUUCUUAGCUCAGCCUAAGCAUCUUCAGCUUUGUUUGAGAUGCAGAUUUAGAAUAGUCUCUUCUGAUUCAAAGCAUCCAAAGAAAUACCGUUUUAUUCGAAGAUUCUCUGCAGCAUUAAUGCAUUAUAAGGUAUUCUUGCUCUUGGAAGUAAAGUGCUUCUAAAGUAGAUAUUGUCUCUAUUUUAAGCUUCUGUAGAAACCCAUAGCAUUUAAAAAGAUUGUCAUUUUUGAUACUUCAACAUUUUCCUUAAGGUGAUUUCUAAAAAGAAAAAAAUAAAAUGCAUUCUGAAAGGACAUCAAUUUUGUUGUUAUUUGCUUAGACGCUAUGAGUAAAGGCAGGAGUUAGCAAAGUGUUUUAAUGCAUGAAGGCAAUCUGUGCUCUGUGGCAACUUGGAAAGGUCCUUGGUUAAACACCUACUUGGUGUUUCUGAAAUGGUCACACUUAUGUAGGCUCUGAUUCUGCCAAAAUUCCAUACUAUAAUUUAUUAAAAGCACCCGUGUCAGUGUUUGCAGCAUCAUGGACUCUUAUAGGAGUCUGGGAAUAUUACAUUUAAGCAUUCCUCCCUGGAAAACAUGGUCACAGCAUUUUAAAUUCACAAAGGGCUUUGGGACAGUGUUAUAAAUCACACAGUAAAAAUAAGAAUGGCUAAAAUAUUUUGCUUGCUAAAAAGGCUUUGUGCCUCAGAAGUGACAGGGCCACAAAAGCCCCAUUCAUACACCCAUUCAUGGGCAUGGCCUGAUUUAAAAUCUUCCAGUGCUGAUCUGACAAUGCUUUCAGCAAAAACUCAUGUAUGGUUCCAGUUUUGGAGUGAAAAUGUUCCAUGACUUAACUCGAUGUGCAAGAGCUUGGUUUAAUUGUGCCUACAGCAGAAAAUGAAGGUAAAUGAAGCCAAACAUCCCACAAAACUCUGCUUUCAGGAAGCUGUUGGUUUCUAGUGGCAAAAUGUUGUUGUACAAAUAGGAAAUGUUACAUGCCAUGGGCAGAUGUAAUAAAGUGUGUCAGAGUGUUUAUUAUUUUCUCUUUUUUUCUUCUUCUUUUUUGAGGUUUAUAGAGUCAUUUAAGCAGAAAAUUACGUGAUGGGGUUUGCACACCUUGGGCUGUGUGAGCACAGAUGUAUUGUCUGGUGAGGGCACUCGUGUUACAAAGGCAGUUUCCAAUCAGCUGAGACUGGUUUUAUCAACAGGAACACCUUCUCUCCCCUGGAAAUCUACAUACAGUAUGUCAGUGUCCACAGCCGUGUGGGAAUUGUCAGUGAAAUCCUCCUUUCUGAAGAUUUAUGUGAGAAGCUGUUAGUUUUCUGGAGAUAAAGUUUCCAUUUUCCAGUUGGCUUUGAAGAGCAAUGACCCACCAGCCUUAAAACCAGUUUAGACUCUGUAUAUGUCUUUUAUCCUGUGAGAGCAGCAUUGCCAAAGCUGCAGAAAAUCAGUGAAAAUUCUACAUGAUGUGCAUUUGUCUCCUUUAUCCUCAACCUCAUUCAUCCCAGUGCAUGGAAAUAGACUCAGUCAUCUCACUGACCAAGCCAGGUAAAAUCCAUUUCAAACUAACAUGUGAUGUCUGGGAAGGGAGCUUGGUUGCUUCUCCCCCACCCAAAAUAUUUCAGUGAAGACAGAAGACAUAAUAGAGAAAUGCCCACAAAUGGGUUUUUCAAGGCAGGAAGUUACCCCAAGUUAGGAAACACAUAUCAAAUUUCAGAGAUCCUUAAUCAAUGCUUCCCUUUGAUACUACUCUGCAAAUGAUUUCCCAGGUAAUUUUUUUUUUUCAUCCCUUUAAACUGUACUUGAAGCAUGUAAUUGUUUUACAGGAGGAAAAAUGUAUCUUUCAGUAAAGGUUUGGACUCAUCAAGAGUUUUAUACCUUAAUGUAAUUUCUUAGACAGAAUGUACAUUCUAAUUUGUCAUUAGAAGUCUGGCUUUAUCCAACAAAUCUUGAAAAGCAAAGCUCAAAAAUACUUAUUUUCAAGACAGCAAAAAGAAAGUUCUGAACCAAAAAAUCCCCCUUUUCUUAAGGAAGUGCUGUAUAAAAUGUUGCCUUUGGGAUGAUAAUGUUAUUUUGAUUUUGAGAUCAUGUUUUGACAAGUUAUGUCUAUUUUAACUACCUUCUCAGUGUUAUUUCCAAAAGUAGACACUCCUGUCUAUGUGUGUAUUGGGUAUAUUGUUCUUCCUCGCUUUGUACCUGUAACAUAUAAAUGACUGUGUGUACAAAUGUAUUUUUCUGGAAAUAUUUAUUGUAGUCUAGCUGGCUUUGACAGCUUCUGCACUUUUAUUUAGAAGCCUGAAGGUACUUGAGGAUAGAAAAAGCCUUUGCACAUGGAAAUUCACAUGCUGCUAUACGUUUAAGGUAAAACUUCUUUUCUUCUGGUUUUGUGGGUAAAAUAAAAUGUGGGAAUAGUGAGGUAAGAAUGGAAGGAAAACAAGGUAAUAAAAACACGUCCAGGCUGCUUAUAGAUUGAAGGUGAUAUAUUUGAACAUCAGCUGUGCAGUUCUAGUAGAGAAAAAUGUCCAGGAGCUGGUUAUCCUACCGGAAGAGGAGCAGCUAGGAGAGGGUUUUCAUCAACCAUCAGUCCUCUCUAACUUGUCUUCCAAGUAUUUUUCUGCUCUCAUAUAUCUCCAGUAUAAUGUUGGUCAACACCCAAAUUUUCAUCCUUCUCUGACCAUUAAAUUAUUUCCCUGCUGUUAUAAUUACAGUCCAAAAUCAACUUUAUUCAUAAAAUUCAUCAGUAUUAAUCUGCUAGUGCUAGGAAAAUGCUCUGGAUUUUUAAAACCAACACUACUAAAAAAACAGUCUUUAGCUUUUUGCCUCUGCUGAGAUUUAAAUUAGUGGGUUCUCCUAGAACAGUUUUUCUACUUAGGAAACAAACACAUUUAAGCUGUCCUUAUUAUCUUCCUCCCCCACACAGAGCUGUUAUUUAUUUGAGGCAGUCUCAGAGGAAUAUUUGAUGGGAAAAUUUAUGUCCAGACAUAGACAUCCACUCCAGUACUUUCUGAAGGGCAUGAAGGUUCAUAUUUAAUUAUCUGGCUUUAUGCAACUACUAUUGUUGUAGGUAAUAGUCAUCAAUACAGCAUGUAGUACCUAUGUUGCUAUGAAUAAAUAUAUAACAUCAUA